CAUCCUCCAUCGUCCCUUUCCUCUAAGAAAAACUCUCAAACACAAUGCACUGUGAAGAAAAACAAAAAUGUCCAAAAAGAAGACGAAAGGAAGAGUCCCAGAAGUUUUAUGGAGAGUAUUCAGAUAUCGAGCUCGAACCCUAAGCAACACAGUGACAUCCCUAAUCGCCAAUCCUCCAUCAUCAUUUGUGCUCUUUAAGGCUGAUGAUCCCGCCAAUUACCGGAAACUCCUUAAAGACUGCUACAUCGUCCUCAGCGACAAUGCACCUCCUGUGGCUCGCUUCAAUCUCGAAAACAGAUGGCCUCAACCUCUUAUCGUGAGCCGCAUCAUUGAGUUCAUCGUCACAGAACAACCUUUGUCGAAUAAUGUUUUAUGCAGCGGUUAUGACAAGUGUCUUCGUUCAAGCCCCAUUGCGGAGGUUUUGACGAGUUCAGCGUGGACCCUUUUGUUGGAAAGGGUUGGGGAUGAAUUUAUGAAUUACCUUUUGAAGUAUUCGUCAAUGUUUUUGCCAUUGCCUCGUCAGCAACACCAGCAGGUGGCAGGUCCUCCUAUCACUGAUUUUGUCUUUCAGUCGUCUCGGAGGAAGGGGCAUUCCCCCAAUCUUGUUGGACUUAAGAGGAAGAGGGAUUGGGAUGAUAAGGCUGCCGAUGCUGCUAGCUUAAUGCUUAAAAGACACCAACUUACUGCUGAUGCUUCCUUAAGUUAUGAUAGGACGACAUAUCCUGUUAUUGAUUUUGAUCAGGACAAGUGUUUAUCUGAAAAAACUGGAGUUGCUGCUGUUAACCGUGAUGGGCAUUCGAAUGAAAAACUCCCAGGCUUGUAUCAGUGUACAUUGAGAUCCAGGAAGCCAUUUGGGUGGCAGCGACGCCGCUGCAAAAAGCAGAGGUCUUUGGAUGCUAAAGAAAUUGAUGGUAAGACUUGUUACAUUAUGAAUGAAGGUAACUCACCUGAGAGGCUUCCUCUUGAAUUCAGGAACAGUUCAAGCCCUGGAAAGCUGCAGAUGCCGCCGCCGCCACAAUGCUGUUGUCAUCUUGUGUUACAAGCUCCUAACAUGAAAGGUAUACAGAUUGAUAGGCGGCCAAUAUUUUAUAAUUCAAAACAUCCUUCAUCAAUGCUUCCAAAAAACCAUGUACUGAUGUGCUUGAAGCCUAAUUUGAUCGGUUCAAAGUCUAUGAUUCAGAGUAUUUUUGGCCUAUCUGAUGAAGAUUUAAGUGCUCCGUCAAUGCCACUUUCCUACAGCAAAGACUUUUGUCUCAUGGGAUCCACAUGCCUGUACCAUUCCCUUGUUAAACUGGUUAAGGUUCUUGUAAGACAAACUCAAUGCUGCAAGUAUGCAAGGUUAAUACAUAGGCACUGCUUUGUUUCAUCAUUGAAUCAAAACGCCACAGAAAAUUCAAACUUGGUGUUUGAGGGGUAUAAUUUGGAGAGAGAAUUCUCUGGGAAAUCCCAUGCUGUUGUUAAUGAACGCUGUGAUAAAACUCCGGGAACAACUGAUCCUCAGAUAGUGACACUAAAAUCUUAUUGCUCAAAAAGUCAGGUUGUGUCAUUUAUAUGGGCUGUUUGUAGAAAUGUAGUCCCUCCUGAGUUGCUAGGAAAUCAUGUCAACCGAAGAAUCCUAAGGAGAAAUUUAGCAAAAUUUAUUUGGCUCAGAAAGUUUGAAAAAUUCUCACUGAAGCAAUGUAUGCAUAAGUUGAAGACUUCCGGGUUUCCGUUUCUGUCAGACAAACACUGUUCAUGCUUCUUGGAUACUCAUAUGCUGAAUAAUACGCCAGGUCAUGCUGCAGGCUUGCAUAAGGAUUUAUAUAAAUGGAAUGGUGCUGGUGCUGCAAAUGAUUUGAAACACCUACUUGUACAGAAAUGGAUAUAUUGGUUCUUUUCAUCUCUGGUUGUGCCAUUGGUACAAGCCAACUUCUAUGUAACUGAAAGUGAGCAUGGAAAACAUGAAAUCUAUUAUUACAGGAAGUCAAUUUGGGAGAAAUUAAGAAACAGAGCCACUUCUUGCUUGAAAGACCAGAACUAUCAGUGCUUGGACGAGGCUAGUGCUGAAAGUAUUACAGGCUGUAGGUUGUUUGGUUUCUCAAAGCUCAGGCUUCUUCCAAAGAAAAAUGGAAUAAGGAUGAUAGCAAAUCUUAAAGCAUCAUCAACAAUACCUGCUAAAAAAUCCACUUCUGAACUUCAGCCAUUUCGAAUGCAGAGAAAAAAACAAUUUGUUACCAAGGUGGUUAAAUGUGAACAUUUUAAGUCUGUAAAUUGCGUUCUACGUGAAACACAUGCUGUUCUGAAAGGUAUACAGUUGAAAGAACCAGACAAGCUAGGGUCAUCGGUGUUUGACUAUAAUGAUAUCUACCGAAAGUUAUGCCAGUUUAAAAUUUGUUUGAAUAAAAGAUCGAAUAUCAUGCCUGAUGUGUUCAUUGUUGUUUCUGAUGUAUCCAAAGCAUUUGAUUCCAUAGAUCAGGACAAGCUGCUUUGUGUCAUGGAAGAUGUCAUAUAUGAGGAUCAAUAUCUUCUAAAGCGAUUUUGUCAAGUUGUCAGCACUAAAAAAUCUUUGUGGGCACAUGAGCGCCUUAUGUCAAGAGAUCAAAACAUCACCACUGGUCUUACAAGAUUCAGUUCUUCUCUCCGCUUUGGUUCAUUGCAUACUGUCCUUGUUAAUCAGGGGCGCAGUAGGUAUCUGAAAAGGGAACAACUCCUGUCCAAUCUCACUGAGCAUGUGAAGCGCAAUGUUCUUCAGUUUGAUGAUAAGUUUUACUUGCAAAGAAAAGGUAUACCUCAAGGAAGCAUUUUGUCUUCCCUGCUUUGCUCAUUAUACUAUGGGCACCUUGAAAGGAAUGUGAUCUUUCCUUUUCUUGAAGAUUUAUCCAGAAGACAUUCCUAUCAGGAUGCUUCUGCUAUAGGAAGUAGCAGUAGGGAUAAACUCGUCUCAUCUCCUCAUUACAUGCUUCUUAGGUUCAUUGAUGAUUUUCUAUUCAUAUCAACAUCUAAAAAGCAGGCUGCUGGCCUUUUCUCUCAGUUAAGGAGUGGAUUUAGAGAUUAUAACUGCUUCAUGAAUGAGGAAAAGUUUUGUCUUAAUUUGGAUACUGAACAAGCAUCAGGGCUUCAGUCAAACAAGCUAUAUGUUGGUGAGGAUGGUAUCUCCUUUCUUCGAUGGAGUGGCUUGCUUUUAAACUCGUGCACUUUAGAAGUCCAGGCAGAUUAUACGAGGUAUCUGAACAACCAUUUAAACUCUACUCUUACUGUCUGCUGGCAAGGUAAACCUUGUCAACAUCUAGAGAGGAAGCUGUGGAACUUCAUGAGACCUAAGUGCCAUCCCAUAUUCUUCGAUUCGAAUAUAAACUCAGCACCUGUUGUCAGAUUAAACAUCUACCAAGCAUUUUUGUUAUGUGCAAUGAAGUUCCAUUGUUAUGUCUCUAGCAUGUCGUUCCACUGCCAUCUGAGUGCAACAUUCUACGCAAACAUGAUUGAAAGGUCCUUGAGGUAUAUGUACGUUCUCAUAAAGAGAAGGAUGCGUUCUAUGCACCUUGGAUCUUGUUUCCACCCAAUUCUUCAAUUGGAGGUAGGAGAAGUUGAAUGGCUUGGGUUGAAUGCCUAUAUCCAAGUGCUGAAGAGAAAACAAUCGCGGUAUAAGGAGUUGCUCUCUCGACUGAGUUUGAAGUUAUCAAGGCAUAGAACAGGCGGGAGUACAUCUUCUCAUCUAAAAUAUGCAGUUGAUAGCUCCCACUCCUCUUUGCUUUGGAAAAUCAAGUAUUAGAUAGAUAGUAUGCAGUGCAAGCUCUCUGACGAGUUCAAGAACACUAGAGACGGGGAUGGAUUCUCAAAGUAGCACAUAUGAAGUCCAUAUGAAUCCCACCAGUCCGGCAGUGAAGAUGCCCUGUAAGGAGGCGUGCGGUAUGCACACGCGGGUUGCAGCUGUCCACCUGCGCUUAGGGCAUAUGGGAGUGUGUGGAGGCCUACGAAAGUUCCUAUUUUGAUGUCGUUUUGAAUAUCCAUAUUUAGGUGUGUAGAAAGUUUUCGAAAUUGAAUUCAAUUCAUGAAAGAUUAAAAAAAACAAAAUUCUAU